UUAUACUCCAUACAGGUUCGCGCGCGUACCCGGGUUUGGUCCUAACGUGCGACAGAGGGAGGGAAUCAGGGAAGGAGAGAAAGAGAGGCGAAGGAGUCCCCAAUGGAGUUUUCUUCUGUUAAUACACUCUGUCUUGAUUUGAUUUCUUCUGCAUUUCAAAGAUGCCGAUUAUCUGAGCAGAUUUGCAGAUUAUCAGUCAUCAUCAAUCGCUCUUCCUCUUCGCGUCAUCCCUCCGUUCAAAUUUCAAUUUCUGAUACUGGUAUUGGAAGCUGCUUAAAAGAAUUUCAAGACUUGAAGUUUUCUAGGGGAGGUAUCGCUGAGAAUUGGGAUGGAAUGCUUCGUGUUAACACCACCAGCAUCAGUGAUACUGAGAUUUAUAUUUACCAAUUUAGUUUGAAAGAGAAUGGUUCUUCCAGAAGAAUAAAUAGGCUACCUUCAUUCCAAAAAAAUGGCGCAAAAUUCAGUGGUACUGAAGUUUCCCUGUCUUUUGCUCAAAGCCUAGAUAUUUUACUGGCCGAUGUUCGUAGCUUUUUGCAGAAGAUGCUUAUUCUAAGGAUACCUAAUAUUGCAAUACAAUUGGUGGCAGAAGACUGUGAUGUUCCAGGAUCUCGAUAUGAAAAGGUUUUUCUCGCAAAUAAGCCUAUGCAAUCACCUAUAUUGGCACCAAAUCUUGAACAUCUGAAAUCAGGCUUUGAAGAAUAUGUCUUAACGCAUGGAAAUAGUUUAGAUAGCAAGUGUGAUUCUUGCUUCCAAAGUUGGGAGCAUUUCAAGGUUGGGAGUGGACGAGCAUGCUGCACGGAAACUGAACUGGUGAUGGAAGCAGUGAUAAUAAUUAGUGAUAUAUCAAAGGACAACACUGCAUGCUUGAGAGAAAGGGGUGAUAAAACUGAGGUUUUGUAUUUUAAGGAUUUCUCACCUGCACAAUCCCUCAAUCAUCUAUGAAGGCGUUGAAAAGCGUUGAUGGACGGAGAUAUGGUUUGAAUUUAGCAGGCAUAGCGCAGCAAGAUGGUUGUGCAUUACUAGAAUGGGAAACCUUGCCAACGGAUACUCAUAUUGAUAUUGUGCUCCACUCCUAUUAUCAACA